UACAUACUCACACUCAGGCACCACCUCACCAACCUCCCCCACCUUUCUCGCUUCUCUCUCUCUCACACAGCUUUUCACUCCCUCACCAUCUCUCUCUCUCUCUCUCUCUCGUUGUUUCUGUAAAACCCUAGCGAGCUUUCUCUCACAAUGGCAGCGAAGCGCUUGCGGAUCAUACGGUCCUCGAGCUUCGGCGACACAAGCCUGCUCAACCAGGUCCUGACGCCGACGGCGACCGUGUCGCCGGAGCACCGGUUCGAUGUGGGUACGGCUCCGGGGAUCCCUGUGACCGCAAGGCCGCCUAGCGUUGCGGCGGAGAGGUAUCAGUCUCCGCCGAGGAUUCUGACGCUGUCGUCGCCGGAGAGUGAGAAGGAGAAACCUGAGGGGCAGGUUGGUAAUUUUCUGGAGAAAUGCUACUUCUGCAAGAGGAGAAUCGCUGAGGAUGACGAAGUUUUCAUGUACAGUUACUUGCGCGCAUUUUGCACCUAUGAGUGCCGUGCCAAACAGAUCGUCAUGGACAAGGUGGGGGAGAAAGUGUUUGGGCAAUCAGCAGAACGCAUGACUCAAAGUGGCAAGAUGAACAAUGUGAAGUUGUUUGGUGUUCAACUGUGAAAACGUACAUCUUCGAUGUCUCAAAUAUAUCUAGCCAGUACUAACUUUUGUGGUGCAUAGCUGUCAGGUUUUUGUGAUUGGCAUGCCCUUUUUUUGCAUAGAUGAACAUCAUAUGUUUUUUAGAUUCUCGUGGUUGACAUAUUGUCAGAUCUCGUAUAGUUACAGUAAGGAUUACUGGAAUACAGUAGCAUGUUGAACUAGACUUCUUCCUUGUGUGGUCCUGCUUUUGCUAAAUGUUGCUAUUGAUAUGGGCUUACAGAUUGUCCCAUUCUACAGUUCUUGAAAAUGUAGGAUACAGUUCAACUGGAACACUCUUCUGGAUAAAUAUAGUAGUAUAUUGCAUUGGUGUCUA